UUCCAUUGAGUUGGCCUGAAACCUAAAAGAGGGACGCGGAGGUGGUAGUGGUGGUGGUGGUGGUGGUGAUGGUUAUGGUGGCGGAAGAAGAGGAGGAGGAAGAGAGAGAAAGAGACCAUUGCGGUGCCGUUUCUCUCUCUUCCCCUCUAUCCUCCCCUCUACCCUUCUCUUCAUCCAAGCCCUUUACCGUCGAAAACGUCGCCGCCGUCGUCGUCGUCUUCUUCUCCUCCUCGGAGGGUCUAAAAUGCAUACGCAUACCGAUGACGUCAACCGCUCAGCAACCGCGGCGUCUCUGACGGCGGUGGCGAUCGACCGGGACAAGACCAGCCAGCAGGCGGUGAAAUGGACGGUGGACCACCUCCUCGUCGGCAGCCAGAGCGUCACGCUCGUCCACGUCACCAACCGCAACGCUCUCACCCAUGGAUUUGCCAUGGCGGAGACCACGCAGGUCGCCGCGAGAGAGCAAUUCGAGGCCGACAUGGGGCAGCUGUUCCUUCCCUACAGAGGAUUUUGCGCUCGGAAAGGGGUGCAGAUGAAUGAGGUGGUUCUUGAAGAUGUUGAUGUCUCCAAGGCCCUCAUUGACUACAUUGCCUCUUGCAACAUCCACAACCUUGUUGUUGGCGCCUCCAAUCGAAAUGCACUCACAAAGAAAUUCCGGAACCCUGACGUGGCGACAAAUGUGAUAAAAGGUGCGCCGGAGUUCUGCGCGGUUUAUGUCAUAGCCAAAGGGAAGCCGGUGACGGUGAGGUCGGCGAAAAGUCCCGCACCGGCUAAUGCUGCACCGCCUCGGCAGCCGCCGUUACCUGGGCCCAUGCAACAACACCUUCCUGAUCCUGAUGACUCUGUGAAAACACCAUUUACAAGGGGAAGCUUAAGAGGGCAACAAGCUCCGCCGCCGUUGCCACAAAUCCAACCAAUUGCACCGGAGAGAAGGUCCUUCGAAAGGAUCGGCGAGCAUGCGCGACAACCGUCGAGGGAUCGGCCCCUCUCCGGAGCAAGAACAGCACCAACCAACAUGCUUUUGGAAGGCAUCGAGCCCUCGUACCGCCCGACUAGGCCGAUGACCUCCCGCGACUCCUCCGACGACGACUUGGAUUUCCAAGGAGGCACCAGAUUCCAGUCAGCGGAUUUCGGGGACUCUCUUGAACUUCUAUCUAAUCAGUCUGACAGCCCCAAGGGUUCCCAUUCUCCAGUCUCUGGUCGCGACUUAGAGGCUGAGAUGAGAAGGCUGAAGCUUGAACUGAAGCAGACCAUGGACAUGUACAACAAUGCUUGCAAGGAAGCAAUUACGGCGAAACAGAAGGCCAAAGAGCUUCACCAGUGGAAGAUCGAAGAAGCGCGAAAGUUCGAAGAAGCGCGGCAGGGGGAGGAGGCGGCCCUAGCGCUGGCAGAGAUGGAGAAAGCCAAGGCGAGAGCAGCCCUCGAAGCAGCGGAAGCGGCAAAAAGGAUCGCGGAGCUCGAGGCGCAGAGGAGACUGACUGCGGAGAUGAAGGCCAAGCGCGAGAUGGAAGAGAAGAUGCGGGCGUUGGACGCGUUGGCGCAGAACGACAUCCGCUAUCGGAAGUACAGCAUCGAUGAGAUCGAGAUAGCCACCGAUUACUUCGCGGAGAACUUGAAGAUCGGCGAAGGCGGCUACGGGCCGGUGUAUAGAGCAUCACUCGAUCACACUCCAGUGGCCAUAAAGGUUUUGAGGCCAGAUGCCGCGCAAGGAAGGAAACAAUUCCAGCAAGAGGUCGAGGUACUCAGCUGCAUAAGGCACCCCAACAUGGUCUUGCUCCUCGGCGCGUGCCCCGAAUACGGAUGCUUGGUCUACGAGUACAUGGACAAUGGAAGCUUAGAGGAUCGCCUCUUUCGCCGAGGCAAAACUCCUCCAAUUCCCUGGAGCAUCCGAUUCAAAAUCGCAGCUGAGAUCGCGACCGGGCUUCUCUUCUUGCACCAGGCCAAGCCAGAACCUCUGGUCCACCGCGACCUGAAGCCCGCCAACAUCCUUCUGGACCGCAACUACGUAAGCAAGAUCAGCGACGUAGGCCUUGCGAGGCUGGUCCCCCCGGCCGUCGCGAACAACGUGACGCAGUAUCGCAUGACCUCUACUGCCGGAACCUUCUGCUACAUCGAUCCGGAGUACCAGCAGACAGGCAUGCUCGGUAUAAAAUCGGACAUAUAUUCUCUAGGAGUAAUGCUGCUUCAGAUCAUCACCGCAAAGCCGCCAAUGGGCGUAACUCACCAUGUCGAGAGGGCGAUCGAGAACGGCACAUUUGAGCAGAUCCUCGAUCCGACGGUGACGGACUGGCCGGUCGAGGAGGCUCUUGGGUUUGCGAAGCUUGCCCUGAAGUGUAGUGAAUUGAGGAGGAAGGACCGACCGGAUCUUGGCACGGUAGUCUUGCCCGAGCUCAAUCGGUUGAGGAAUCUGGGACACGCCUACGAAAUGGGUUACAGCAUCAGCAGCAGCACCGGUAGCAGCAUGAGCAGUGGAUCUCAGACCUUCAGUAAUCCGAAUCAACAGACGCGUUCGAUGAUCGGUCAGGAUAAGGCUUUGAGCACUCCGUCUGUCGGCGUGCCUUGGAGGUCUGCGGUCGAUACGGUCGAAAGCUGAAGGAUUGUCGUGGUACCACCGAGAAAACACAAAUGAUUAGGAGAGAAAAGUGGGUGGUUUUGUGCAUUGAAGGGGAUUGAGGGUUUGCCAAUAAUGUCAUGUAAUAACUUGGCUAUCGUCGAGCUUAAUUAAGUUUUGUUUACUUGCCACUGUUUCACGAUGCUUGUAAGCUUGUGUUGUUCUUUUGCAAGCCAUGCACAGUGAGAGGAAGAAGCGUUAAAGGUGGUGGCCUAACUUGUAUUCCUUGCAGAAGUACUAAAUCUGUACUGAAGCAUCCUUGUUAUGUUCUGACAAAAUGAUGGGAUGAAAACACCGCACGCAUAAAAAUGAUGAACACCGGAACUCGUUCGAUUA